AUGAGUCGCACACUUUUGUAUUUGUUGGUUACUUUUCUUGUGUGCGAAGCGCGCUCACUGUCCAAACUGCAACCAUGCCAUCGUACCGAUCCGAAUCUGAACAACUGUCUGCAGUCGGCCAUUCAGUCGGCACUACAAAACGACAUGGGGUAUGACAUUCCACCCCUCGACGUGCUAACCGUACCGGCUUACAUCGUGAAAGCUACCGAAUCCUUAAGUUUCGAUCACACCGAGACCGACAUCAGGAUAGGAGGACAUCUAUCGAGUGAAAUUAAAGACGUCGAUGCCAAAAUCGGAGAGUCCGAUUUUUCGCUUUCGUUCAACGUAUUCAUUAAGAACGCCUCGUACGAGGCCAACUACGACUACAAGGGAGCAAUAUUCGAUGGGGUCGAUAUGAGUGGAAAAGGAAGAAAGGUGUUUCUGGGUGACAAUUUCCGAUUUACUUCCACAUUUAAUGGUGUUGUAAACCAAAAUGGCGACUAUCGAUAUUUGAAAAUAACGGACGUGUCUCUAAAUGGACCUAUAAUCGAGAUGGCACACUUUACUUUCGAAUCAGAGGACGGAAAGUCUGGCGAACUUUUAACUAAGCUUAUGAACCAGAAUUGGAAGUCCAUACUGAGAGGGGAAACGAAGAAAUAUAUGACCAUUUACGAAGAGGCGUAUAAAAAGGGCGCCAAUACAGUUUUUUCUAAAAUUCCUUACGAUAUAUUGUUUCCAAAAUGAAUUACGAUUAACAAUUACAGUAGUUAAACGUA